AUGGCAUAUGUCCAGAAGACAGGGGUGCUGGUGAUGGGGUAUAUUCCCCAAAAUGCGGAUUCUGUGAAGGACAACCAGCAAACCUCCAGUGUUGCUGGAGAACAUCCUGACAGUGUGAUAGAGAAUUGUAACUCCGCUGGAAGUAUCCGCUUGAGAUCUUGUGUGUGCGGGGAUAUAGUCUUCUUUGAAGUUGAUGGGGUACUACCGAACUGGAAGACCUAUACAUUUAAAGUCUUGUUUGAUGGUCCUGGAACCAAGACCAUUCUAAUCCAUCUCCGAGAGGGAGCAGACCCAGAGGUCACCAUGUGCGUGGAGACCAGCGAGAUGGUGAAGGCUGAAGAGACUGAAGAGGAUACAGUGGUGUGUGAUAGUGAAGAUGUGAAACUUGAGCUUGAUGGAAUAAGAAAAAAGGUUAACAAAUCAACGAGGAAACAGGGACACAAUCUGUAA